CCCGCAGGAGAUAUUUCCCCACCCUAGACGGAGUGUGCUGCCCAGAGUCGACGAGGAUUCACAGUCAAAGGACAACGACCCCUCCCCCCCAGGUCUCCUGGAAGACCCCGGAGAGACCCCAGGGGUGGAACAGGUCGUGAGCGGGCCAGGGCAGCCUCUCCUAGUUUGGGGGAGAUGGGGACACGAUCCCCUCAGAGUCUCCUCCUUCUCCUCUUCUUCCUCCUGGCGCUGCCGCCACGGGGGGCCUCUGCGGGGAGCCUGCAUAGCCCAGGCCUAUCCGAGUGCUUCCAGGUGAACGGCGCCGACUACCGUGGCCACCAGAACCGCACGGGCCCGCGCGGGGCGGGCCGCCCUUGCCUCUUCUGGGACCAAACGCAGCAGCACAGCUACAGCAGCGCCAGAGACCCCCAGGGUCGCUGGGGGCUGGGAGCACACAACUUCUGCCGGAACCCAGACGGUGAUGUGCAGCCAUGGUGCUACGUGGCUGAGACGGAGGAGGGCAUCUAUUGGCGCUACUGCGACAUUCCCACGUGUCACAUGCCCGGUUACCUGGGCUGCUUCGUGGACUCAGGAGCGCCCCCCGCCCUCAGCGGCCCCAGUGGCACCUCAACGAAACUCACGGUGCAGGUGUGCCUUCGCUUCUGCCGUAUGAAGGGCUACCAGCUGGCGGGCGUGGAGGCUGGCUACGCCUGCUUCUGCGGCUCUGAGAGCGACCUGGCCCGGGGACGCCCAGCCCCGGCCACCGACUGUGACCAAAUAUGCUUCGGCCACCCAGGCCAGCUGUGCGGGGGCGAUGGGCGACUGGGCGUCUAUGAAGUGUCGGUAGGCUCCUGUCAGGGGAACUGGACCGCACCUCAGGGCGUCAUCUACUCCCCCGACUUCCCGGACGAAUACGGGCCAGACCAGAACUGCAGCUGGGCACUUGGUCCGCCCGGCGCCGCGCUGGAGCUCACUUUCCGCCUCUUCGAGUUAGCUGACCCGCGCGACCGGUUGGAGCUGCGCGACGCGGCCUCGGGCAGCCUGCUCCGCGCCUUCGACGGCGCCCGCCCACCGCCACCCGGGAUUCUGCGCCUCAGCACCGCGGCGCUGCUGCUCACCUUCCGCAGCGACGCACGUGGCCACGCGCAGGGCUUCGCGCUCACCUACCGAGGUGUGCAGGACGCGGCGGAGAACCUGUUGCUUCCCAAGGGCUCGGCCCAGACCCCUGCAGCGCUCCCCGACGGGGCCAAUGUGAGCUGCAGCCCCCGGCCUGGGGCUCCGGAGGCCACGAUGGGGGCCCGAGUCUUCUCGACAGUGAUGGCCGUCUCAGUGCUGCUGCUGCUGUUGCUGCUGCUAUCGCUCCUGCGACAACGGAGUUGUCUGCUGGCUCCAGGAAAAGGGCCCCCAGCUCUGAGGCUUUCCCAGGGCUCUGGGAGAACCUGGGCUGUGUGGUACCGACGUCCUGGAGGGGUGGCACUGCCCCGCCCCCCUGGAGACCCCGAGGCAGAGGGUCUAGCCUCGAAUUACCGCCCGCUGAGCACCUCCAGCCAGAGUUCCCUGCGAUCGCUCAUCUCUGCUCUGUGACUUAAGAUCCCCAGGGUCCACUGGAUCCUCCGACAGUGGGAUAUACACCUGAGACGCUAUGCUGCACUCUGCCUUGGCCUCCCACCUUUUAAAGGGCAGCUCUGCCUCUGGUCAUCUCUCAGAGGCCAGACAUCUGACAGGAAGCAUCUGGUACUGUUAUUGGGAACUUGACCUGACUGUAGGUGCCCAGAUGGUUAAGGCCAAAUGGCAAAAGGAAUCAGAUCCCCUCCUCAUAGAUCUCUGAUUUCAGGGGUCUUUGAGCCCCUAUUUGGGUGGUCCUGGACUCCUGCCCUAAGUCAAAUAUGAGAGGUCAAGAAAAGUGGUCAAAAGGCCAGUUGGACUUUGAAUAAAGGAGCUAUUUUGGA